GAUGGUUGGAGGGGGUUAUGAUUAAAAUGGAUUAAAAGUGGGGUAAUGGAUAGAAUUAUUCAUUAAUUAUUGGGAGUAACAAAAUUGAAUAUAAUAUUCAGUAAAUCAUUAGUAAUUAUUUAAGGUGAAUACUUAAAUGGAACAAAAAUUGGAGAAUGGGAAAUACAACACAAUGAAUAUUUUGAUGAAGAAUUCAAAUAAAUGUAAAAAACGUUAUUAUAUUAGAGGAUAAGGAGUUUAUGACAAAAAAGGAUAAAAAGUUAGCUAAUGGACUGAAUAACAUCAAUCCGCAUUUUAGAGAGUAAAUAUUUCCUAUAUUCAGCGACUGCAAAGUAAAAUUUGUUGGGGAUUAUAAAAAUGGCAAAAAAUUUGGAAAUUGGAAAACAUUUCAUUAUUCAAAAUCUAUGAAUAUAUUUUGAUUAAAAUCUAAAGUGGAGUUGGGUAUUAUGAGGAAGAUGGAAAAAAAAUGGACAAUGGAUUGAGUUGCAUUAGAAUUUCUCAGAGUAUAUGUAAUAAAAAUAGUUAUUGUUAAGUUUACAUAUAUUGGAAUUUAUACUAAUGACAAAAAACGUGGGAAAUGGAUUAUUCAAAUAAAAGGGGAUACAGAAUUUGAAACUUUUGAAGCCGAUUCU